AUGGUGUAUAACUACAUCCUCCGGUCCCUCCGGGGCACCAACCUCGAAGUCUUCAAGUUUGGUAUCUACCUCGCCUUCCCGAUAGGAUAUAUGUACUAUUUCGGCACGAAUCUGGAGGAGCGCUUCUCCGUGCCCGACUUCUGGCCGACCCAGGAACAGAGCAACAAGAUCCCGUACGAGCGCGAAGAGAUCAAAGCCGAGGUCGAGCGCAUCCAGAAUGUGAUGAAGGAGCGCGAGAUUGAGAGACGGCGGCGGGCCGAAGAGGCGCUGGGGGCGGCCAAACUGGCGUUUCGGGAUGCGAAAGAGAAACAUGAGGGUACGGCUUGA